AUGAUAGACUACGAGAGAAGCAAUAACAACAAGAACAUCAACCAUCAUCGGAAUCCAUCUUCAUCUUCCUCCGAUCUCCUUCCCGACGUUAAUGGAGCCACCGUGAUCCAGAAGAGGAAACGGAGACCCGCCGGUACACCAGAUCCAGAGGCGGAAGUGGUAUCUUUAUCUCCAAGAACGCUUCUAGAAUCGGACCGGUACGUGUGUGAGAUCUGUAACCAAGGGUUUCAGAGAGACCAGAAUCUACAGAUGCACAGGAGAAGACAUAAGGUCCCAUGGAAGCUUCUUAAGAGAGAGAACAACGAGGAAGUGAAGAAGAGAGUCUAUGUCUGUCCGGAGCCGACGUGUCUCCACCACAACCCUUGUCACGCACUCGGAGAUCUUGUGGGAAUCAAGAAACACUUCCGAAGGAAACACAGUAACCACAAGCAAUGGAUCUGCGAGAGAUGCUCUAAAGGCUACGCUGUUCAAUCUGAUUACAAAGCUCAUCUCAAAACGUGUGGCACUCGCGGCCAUUCCUGCGACUGCGGCCGCGUUUUCUCCAGAGUGGAGAGUUUCAUAGAGCACCAAGACAAUUGCACCAUGCGCCGAUCCCAACCCUCAAACCACCGUUUACAGCAGCAACAAACCGCAAACGCUACACAAACCGCGUCCACAGUUGAGAACGCUGAUCUUUCCAUUGGUCCUAUAUUGUCUGGACAUCCUUUGCUACGACAAUCUCCACGGUCUGAUCAUCAACAACCAUCAGAUUUGCUAUAUCCUUUCGUUGGAGGCUCCUGCGCUACUACUGGUAGCAGCAUUGAGCUUCAACUACUUCCCUCGAGGAAUAAUGCGGAUGAGACCAGCCUUAGUCUAUCGAUUGGGAUGGACACGACGACGACAAUGUCAAGCUACGAGAAGGGAGAGACGAGUUUACUCUUGGGAGAAAGAGCGGAAGCGAAGAGGCAAAUAGAGAUUGCGGAAUUAGAGUUUGCUGAAGCCAAGAGAAUAAGGCAACAUGCGAAAGCUGAGCUACAUAAAGCUCAGCUUUAUAGAGAAGAAGCAAGUAGGAGGAUUAGUGCAACGAUGAUGCAAAUCACUUGCCACAAUUGUAAGCAACACUUUCAAGCCGUUGCUGCUUCGGCUCCUCCUCCUCCUCCUCCUCUUCAUCAGCCACCUUGUACCGAUGAGAGUACGUCUCUUGCAGUGAGCUAUGUUUCUUCGGCAACUACCGAAGGGGAAAAGGCGAGUGAUAGAGCAUCGUCAUAG